CAAAUAUCGCCGAGAAGCCGCGUGUCUGCCUCGGUUUCCGGAAGUGCCCUGAAAUUGUCCCAGAUGUCGCUAGGCGCUGGGCCGCCACCAGAGGUCAGAACAAAAGCCAAAUUUACAAGCGUGCAGACUUCCAAUUUCAAAGUGUGGUUUUGGAUCCCUGCUUGAGUCUCUGUGUCAUUAUUUGGGAGCUGACAGUCCCAAAGAAAGCCACAUUGUACAUAACUUCUUGUGACUCCGGAUCCAGGGACUUCAGUGCCCUCUUCCGGAUUCCAUGGACACCUGCACUCACCUGUAUUCAUUCCCACACCCACAUAUAUAUUUAAAAAUUCUUGAAGAGACAUUGGAUGAUGACUGUUGGUGCGUUGAAUCGUGGUUUCCAGUAAGGAAAACAGAGGAGACACAGAGACACAUGGAGGUGGAGGAUCACAUGACUGGUCCAGGAACCAAUCUCAUCAGGGCAUUUUGCCAGAAGGAAAGCUUGCGCCUCACUGGGUUUUCCCUAUAAAAGGACCAAAGUCUCACACAUGCUUGAGCCUCAGCAAAGAAAGGUUCCUGUCAUUAGCCGGCUAGCAACUCUCAGCUCCUGCCAGAUGACUAUGACCCAACUCGGCUUUCUGCUGUUUCUCAUCGUUGCCACCAGAGGGGGCAGUGCGGCUAAAGAGGACCCGGAAACCAACAAAGGGACCCAUUCUUUCUUUGACUCUCUGUUCAGAAGCUGCAAGGAAAUCAAGGAGGAGAACACAAGGGCUCAAGAUGGCCUCUAUUUCCUGCGCACGGAGAAUGGUGUCAUCUACCAGACCUUCUGUGACAUGACCACUGCAGGUGGUGGCUGGACCCUGGUGGCUAGCGUGCAUGAGAACAACAUGGGUGGGAAGUGCACAGUGGGCGAUCGCUGGUCCAGUCAGCAAGGCAACAGAGCAGAUUACCCAGAGGGGGAUGGCAAUUGGGCCAACUACAACACCUUUGGGUCUGCAGAGGGUGCCACAAGUGAUGACUACAAGAACCCUGGCUACUUCGACAUCCAGGCUGAGAACCUGGGCAUCUGGCACGUGCCCAACAACAGCCCCCUGCACAACUGGAGGAACAGCUCCCUGCUGCGGUACCGCACCUUCACUGGCUUCCUGCAGCAUCUGGGCCAUAAUCUGUUUGGCCUCUACCAGAAGUACCCGGUGAAAUAUGGAGUAGGAAAGUGUUGGACUGACAAUGGCCCGGCGUUACCUGUGGUCUAUGACUUUGGUGAUGCUCAGAAGACUGCCUCUUAUUAUUCCCCCUACGGCCAGAGGGAAUUCACUGCAGGAUUUGUUCAGUUCAGAGUGUAUAAUAAUGAGAGAGCGGCCAGUGCCUUGUGUGCUGGCGUGAGGGUCACUGGAUGCAAUUCUGAAGCUCACUGCAUCGGUGGAGGAGGAUUCUUUCCAGAAGGUAACCCCAGGCAGUGUGGAGACUUCGGGGCGUUUGAUUGGAACGGAUACGGAACUCACACUGGGUACAGCAGUAGCCGGGCGAUAACUGAAGCAGCCGUGCUUCUGUUCUAUCGCUGAGAACUCUGUGGGGUGGACCCAGACUUCUCCAAUCUGCAGGCUCCCAGGCAUGGAGACACAAUGACCUAGUAACUAGAAUGCUAAUGACCAGAAAAGCGGAAUAAAUCAUGUUCAUUGAAAA